CUUGAGCCUCCGGGCGCGGCGCGGGCAUGGCUCGCGCGGCGUGGGGGCUGCUGUGGCUGCUGCUGGGUAGCGCCGGCGCGCAGUAUGAGAAGUACAGCUUCCGAGGAUUCCCCCCGGAGGACCUGAUGCCUCUGGCCACGGCCUACGGCCACGCUCUGGAGCAGUAUGAAGGGGAGAGCUGGCGCGAGAGCGCGCGCUACCUGGAGGCGGCGCUGCGGCUGCAUCGGCUGCUGCGCGACAGUGAGGCCUUCUGCCACGCCAACUGCAGCGGCCCCGCCACCUCGCAGCCCCGGCCCGCUCCCGGCCCCGACGGCGACAACGAGGGUGAUGGCGAGGAUUGGGCGCGCGAGCUGCGGCUCUUCGGCCACGUCCUGGAGCGUGCCGCCUGUUUGCGGCGCUGCAAGCGGACUCUGCCCGCCUUCCAAGUCCCCUACCCGUCGCGGCAGCUACUGCGCGACUUCCAGAACCGCCUGCCCUACCAGUACCUGCACUACGCGCACUUCAAGGCGAACCGACUAGAGAAGGCGGUGGCUGCAGCCUACACCUUCCUCCAGAGGAACCCCAAGCACGAGCUGACCGCCAAGUAUCUCAACUACUACAGGGGAAUGCUGGAUAUCGGAGAUGAGUCCCUCACUGAUCUGGAGGCCCAGCCCUACGAGGCUGUGUUCCUUCAGGCUGUGAAGCUCUACAACAGCGGGGACUUUCGCAGCAGCACAGAACACAUGGAGCGGGCCUUGGCUGAUUAUAUGACCGUCUUUGCUCGGUGUCUAGCUGGCUGUGAAGGGGCCCACGAGCAGGUAGACUUCAAGGACUUCUACCCAGCCAUAGCAGAUCUCUUUGCAGAAUCCCUGCAGUGCAAGGUGGAUUGUGAAGCCAAUCUCACCCCCAACGUAGGUGGCUUCUUUGUGGACAAGUUCGUGGCCACCAUGUAUCACUACCUGCAGUUUGCCUACUACAAAUUGAACGAUGUGCACCAGGCUGCCCGCAGCGCUGCUAGCUACAUGCUCUUUGACCCCAAGGACAGUGUCAUGCAGCAGAACCUGGUAUAUUACCGCUUCCACCGGGCUCGCUGGGGCCUUGAAGAGGAGGACUUCCAGCCCCGGGAGGAAGCUGUGCUCUACCACAACCAGACCUCUGAACUUCGGGAGUUGCUAGACUUCACACACAUGUACCUUCAGUCAGAUGAUGAGAUGGAACUGGAGGAGACGGAAUCACUUCCGGAGCCUGAAAAACCUCUGUCUGAUGCCGAGUUCGAAGGCGAGGGCGACUAUGAGGAGGGCCUCUAUGCGGACUGGUGGCAGGAGCCGGAUGCCAAGGGUGAUGAGGAUGAGGCUGAGCCAGAGCCUGAACUGGCCUAAGACAGUGACAUGGUGCACUCUUCAAGCUCAGGACACCUGGCUGGGGGCAGGAACUAUUUAUUAAAACUUAAAAUCGGGGUUGGGGAUUUAGCUCAGUGGUAGAGCACUUGCCUAGCAACCACAAGGCCCUGGGUUCGGUCCCUAGCUCCGAAAGAAAAAAAAAAACAAAAAAAAACUUAAAAUCGCCAGGUGUGGUAGCACACACCUUUCACCCUGGCACGCGGGGGAAGCAGAAGCAGGAGGAUCUCUUGACUUCCCGGCCAGACCGGUUUACAGUGAGAACCUGGUCAGUUCGGGCUACACAGCGAGAUCUUGUUUCAAAACAAAAACAACUGCGUGUGGCAUCGCACGCCUUCAAUUCCAGCAGUUGGGAUGCAGGGGCAGGGGGAUCUCUGCGGGUUCCAGGCUAGCCUCAUGUAGUGAGUUCCAGGCCAGUCGAGGCUAUGUUGUAAGAGCCUGUCUCAAAAUAAAACAAAAGGGAAAACCUCAAAAGGGACACGGUUGGCCUAGUUCCCACCCAGACUCUACCUUACCUCUCUCUGUGUGUCCUUGAACCUGCAGACUGGUGGCCAUAUUGCUGGUUGGCAAGUGAGCUAUUGGGGGUCCUAACCCCCCCUUUCUGCUCCUGUGGAACUCCUCAGCUUCCGGCUUGAGUCUCACAGGACCAAGGCCUGUCUGAGCUGCAGAGUGGGUUGUGAAGAACGUCGGGCUUAGAGCUCUGGUGCUCAGUAAAUGUUUAUUGUUGAAUGAAUCAUAACGCCUGAGGCUAGUCGGCAAGACUGAGAUUUGUGGGUGCAGGGCCUUGCCUCACUCUCGCUGCUAAUCUCCCCUUAUCUGUGCAAUGCCAGUUGGUGUACUCUAUGGCCUUGGCAGGUCCUUUACUGGCAUCCAAUUGAGAGCUGCAGAAUCCCUGUUAGCUGGGAGGAACCUCAGACCUACCACCAGGGGGCGUGAAGACACAGUAUUCCAUGAAGAUGGUGGUUUCAGAUUUCUAAUCAGGGAUGUCUGUAUUUUUCUCGUCCCAGGCCACUCUUCUCGGGACUUAGAGGGAUAUGAAGAGGGAAUUAAAGACAUUUACUACA